CCCCAGAAACGCGUACGGCAUCCUUCGACGGCGAACAACCUUGGAAUCUCUCGCCAUCACCAUCCGACGCCGCUCAAGCUUACCAUUAAUCUCCUGAAGCUGCCGACGAAGCUGAGCUCUCCAUCUGCUCAUAUACUCUCGCCGCCAUCAUGUCUGGAAGUGCAGGCUACGACCGACAUAUCACCAUCUUCUCUGACCAGGGCCGCCUAUACCAAGUCGAAUAUGCAUUCAAGGCGAUCACGGCGGCGAACAUCACAUCGGUCGGCGUGCGAGGCAAGAGCUGUGCCGUCGUUAUCUCACAGAAGAAGGUCCCCGACAAACUCAUCGACCCUUCCUCCGUGUCCUACAUCUACAAGCUGUCCCCGUCGGUUGGCUGUGUCAUGACCGGAUCCAUUGCCGACGCCCGCGCAUCUGUCAAUCGAGCGCGAGGUGAGGCCGCUGAGUUCCGCUAUAAGUAUGGAUACGAGAUGCCCUGCGACGUCCUGGCCAAGAGGGUAGCAAAUAUCAGCCAAGUCUACACGCAACGAGCUUAUAUGCGUCCCCUUGGCGUCGCCACCACGCUCAUCUCAGUCGAUUCAGAGUUCGGUCCCCAACUCUACAAAUGCGAUCCGGCUGGGUAUUAUGUAGGCUACAAGGCAACGGCAUCAGGGCCAAAGACGCAGGAGGCGCUCAACUUCCUGGAAAAGAAGCUGAAGAACAAGGACUGUGCCGAGGGCAGCUGGGAAGACGUCGUCGAGCUCGGCAUCGCGACCCUCAGCACGGUUCUGAGCGUCGACUUCAAGAAAGGCGAAUUGGAGGUAGGCAUUGUCGGUGGCCCCAGGGCGGACGGCCAGGAGGGCACAGACCCCCAGUUCAGGGCGCUCACUGAGGAGGAAAUCGACGAACGACUGCAAGCCAUUGCAGACAAAGACUGAGCGGAGACAGGCUCCUGGGACGGGACGACGGGUUCGCGUGCUGAGACAGGCACCUCAUGGUCGUCGCGAGGCUCCAGAUUAUGAAAAGCUGCCUCUCAUACGUCAGGGCGGGAGGUUCACAGCACGCUGUAUCAAGGAUUAGAAGGUGCCCUCCUGCAUAAGCGCACUAUGGUCUGGCAUCGGCGGGGGAAAUAUUCUUGGUGUUCAGCCGCAUCUCCACGGUUUGUAUGUACCGCUAGCCCUCUCAAAUGACAGCCAUAUCCUCUCACCAGCUGCGACGCACCCCCG